AUGGCAGCAUUCAAUGUUAGUCAGCAAGCACCAACUAGCACGUAUCAUGAGAUAAACUCAGGUUAUUGUGAUAACUGGGUUUUAGACCUUGUUCCAUCAAAAAACCAUGGUCUUGUUAGUUCUUUAAGUGAUGGUUCCUUGAAACUAUAUCCAUUGAAUGCUAAUCAAGAUCGAAAUUUCGCACCAAUAAGAACUAUAAAAGCACAUCAAUCUUCAAUCAAUUCUGCAAGAUCGGUUGAUGGUGAAAACUUAAUAGGAACAGCUGCAGAAGAUUCUAUUAAAAUUUUUGAUCUAAGAAAUAAUGAUGAUAAACCAGUUGCAAUUUUCAAUAAUUCAAGAAACAUUCCAUUUUUAUCACUAGAUUUUAAAAACAAUUAUGUUGCUGGUGGUACAGAAUUGAAACAAGCAGAUGCUGAAUUGCACAUCUGGGAUUUCAGAACCAAAGAUAUAGUGAGGUCAUUCAUUGAUUCACAUCAUGAUGACAUUACAGAGAUCAAAUUCCAUCCAACAGAUGAUUCAAUAUUAUUAAGUGGGUCAACUGAUGGUUAUGUCAACAUUUAUGAUCUUAGUAUACCAGAUGAAGAUGAUGCAUUACAUCAAGUUAUUAAUUUUGCAUCAAUCCAUUCUGCAGGGUGGCUAUCUCCAAAAAGAAUCUAUACUUUAUCUCAUAUGGAAACUUUUGCCAUACAUGAACUAAAUGAUAAAUCCGAUGAAUCUCACGAACCAAAACCUCAAGAUUUUGGAGACGUCAGAGAACUUUGGGAUUGUGAAUACGUGGUUGAUGUGUACCCUGGUUUCAUUGCAACCGGUGCUAAUUCAAAAUCACACGCUAAACUAUAUCCAUUCAUUAAUGAGCAGAUAAAUCUUGAAACACCAAUCAAGCUGAAUGGAGGACACGGGGAAGAAGUCAUUAGAGCUGUGUACUGUCCUCCUGCAAGUAAUUUAAUUUACACUGGUGGUGAAGAUGGUAAUUUGAGAAUAUGGAAAUCAGAUGUCCAACUAAAUGCACCAGAAUCAUUUUUUGGUUCUGCUUCAACUGAACAAAAUGAGCCAAAAGAAGAUGUUGAAAUGGGUGACCUAGAGGACGAUUCUGAAUCAACAUCCGGAGAGCACAAAGAAAAGAAGAGUAAAAAGGAAAAGGGAGAGAAGAAAGAUAAGAAGGACAAGAAAGAGAAGAAAGAAAAGAAGGAAAAGAAAGAUAAAAAGGAGAAAAAAGAUAAAAAGGAUAAGAAGCAUAAACAUAAGGAAGAGAAGAAAUCGAAAAAGGAGCACAGAUUCAGACCAUAUUGA